AUGAUUGGAGCUUUCUGUUUGAACAGUCUAAUGCGCGUAAUUAAUCCUGCCCCCAAAAGGGCAAUUCCUAAUCCGCAACAACAUUCUUCCCUAGGAUCUAUUUUGUUCCGUAGCAACACCAGGUUACACGACCUCCGUUUUCUUGAUCAUAUGCUUGAAAGAGACUACAUGCAGAAGUCUGAGUUCUUAAAAGCAUUAUCCGAUAUGUGGAAGGAUUUUGAUUCCCGUGUAUUGCGGAAUUUGGGUAUCCAGGCAGUGAUUCUCAUGGUUCCAACUAUAGCAGAGUCUCAGGUCAGUAUGGAGUUGAAUUCGCUUAAGAACACGUGUGCUUCCCCUGAUUACACCGUUUCUCACUGCCCAGCAAUUGAAUGUCCAACAGUUUGCCAAAUAUAUGAUAUUUUGUUGAGGAUAUUCUCAGUACCAACAACAUGCCCUGCAGUUGACAUAGAGUGGCCACCGAGACAAUCUUCUAAUGUCACCACUCAGCCAGCUAAGGAUUUGGACACGGCUAAACGCAGCAUCAAUUGCAACUCUGAGAUUGGCUGGUGGACAUGGAGCAAAUGGUUAGUGACUGCAGCUAGUUUGUCUCAUGGAGCAAGCUCUGAGAUUGGCUCGCAGUCUGAUGGCGAAUCAAAUAACUCAAUAGUAUUCGUAGGCGUGAUGUUACUGACGAAGCCCUCAGACAACCUUUUUUCCCAGUUUGGCGAGGUUGUUCCAAUGAAGAUUCCAGUAGGCGAAGGAUGUGGAUUUGUCCAAUUCGCUAACAGGUGCGUGAAAGCGGGUAAUUUCAAAGCGACCUUUGACAGGAAGGGUGCUGAAGAUGCCAGUUAG